UGAUCUAUAUACAGUCCAUUUUUCUCUUCUUCUCUACCUUUAAUGUGUAUCGAUUCUCAACUGGGAUUGAAUUGAAUAAAAUUCAUACUUCUGGGGAAUUAUUGAAAAAAAAUAUGGGAAGAAAACCAUGCUGUGACAAAGUAGGGUUGAAGAAAGGACCAUGGACCACUGAUGAAGACCAGAAGCUUAUUAGCUUCAUCCUCACCAAUGGCCAAUGUUGCUGGAGGGCUCUUCCUAAGCUGGCAGGAUUGUUGAGGUGUGGGAAAAGUUGCAGAUUGAGAUGGACAAAUUAUCUUAGGCCAGACCUGAAAAGAGGACUUUUAUCUGAGUAUGAAGAGAAAAUGGUGAUUGAUCUCCAUGCUCAACUUGGCAACAGAUGGUCUAAGAUAGCUUCUCAUCUCCCUGGACGAACCGAUAACGAGAUAAAGAAUCAUUGGAAUACUCACAUCAAGAAGAAACUAAAGAAAAUGGGCAUGGACCCUCUCACCCACAAUCCACUAAGUGAACCCCAAGAGCAGAAGAUAGACAAAAAUCCCAAGGACCUGUCUCAAACAUCCUUGAAUCCCACAAUGGAGACGAUGACGAUGAACGACAUCGACGAUUUUUGCACCGACGAGGUUCCGUUGAUCGAACCGCAUGAGAUUUUGGUCCCUGUCACUGAUUACGCGCCGCCAUCGACGUCUUCUUCCUGCGAUUCUUCGAAGCUGCUCAAAGAAUUAGAGUUCCCGGAUUUUGAAUGGCCAAUUGAUUGCAAUACUAGCAGAUACGAUGACAAUGUCGGAUUAUGGGAUGAUGGUGAGUUCAAUGUUUGGGGGGAUGAUGAUGAAUCAUUUUCAUCUCCCCAGAUUCAGUGUCCAUUGAGAAUGCCUUUUGAUCUACAGUAUUCCUGGACAUAUAUAUGAUUUUGAUUUCUUUUUCUUUUAAAUGUGGCUUUAUUUUUAGAUUGACAGUCAUUUGGUGUAACAUUAGAGAAAGGAUAAUAAGUUGUGAAGA